AUGCAAGUGGAUUAUAGAGAUAUAAAAGACAGUAUUUGUAUGUCUAUACUAUAUAUGAUAUUGGUUUUGUGUUUUAGUGAAUCUUCAAUAAUAAGUAAACAUGCGGUAGAUGACGUUGUAUGUAUUGAUACUGAUGAUUCGUCACCAUCAAAUAAUACAUUAACGAUUUUCGAUGAAAGUCUUUUGGAUACUUUUAUCAUACCACCCUAUAGUAAAGUGGAGUUUAGUUCCAAACAAUACUUUAAAGGAAACCUAUCGAUUAGCUUCCUCACAGAUUUCUAUUUGUUCUCAAAGAAUGAUCCAAAGAAAAACUUUACGAUCGACAAGCGAUACUAUCACGAUCUUACAUUUCAAGUAUACCCCACACAGGCACAGCAAGAUCUCUCCGUAUCUCUGAUCACCUCUGCCAAAUCCGAACAUUCAAUCCCAAUCACCAAUCCACUACAUCCUAUAAAUUCAAUUAUUAAAUCUGCAUACCUCCCACCAAAUCAAUGGACUCAAAUUGUUAUUCCAUUAUCAUUCUUUCCAGUAUUUGAUUAUAGAGGUAUUUGGUUCCUUCAGAAACAUCCAAAUUCCAGCAUCUAUAUUGAUGAUAUUCAUUUGACAAAGAGAUCACAGGUGGUCAGACAUUUCAAAGUAUACGAUGACGGAAUCAGUGGUGUCGGUGUAUUGGUACACGAUGUCGAUGGAAUAAGACUCGAUCAAUCAAAAGAGACCUAUCAUGACCACAACUCAUCCAUACAAUUCGACAUUUCAAAUGGUGUCAAUCUUUUUAUAGAGUUUCAAAAUAAUUUUAAAUCAAUUGAUUAUGAUAUUAAAUUAAAUUUCCAUAUGUUCGUAGAGAAGUCAUUCUAUGAUACUGGAUUACUUUUAUCUUUUUUGCCAGUUUUACCUUUGGAGGUGGUACCGACAUUCAAUUUCACACAUGAGGGCAAUGAUAUUAAAAAAGGACAUUGGAAAAAGUUUAGUGUUCCUGUUCCAAGAUCCAAUUUCAAAGGUAUCAAUUUCAAAUCUAUGAACGCAACACUCACCGAUCCAACCGUUAUUUAUCUCGAUAAUAUAUUUUUGGAGUUCCCAGUCAUCAAUUCAACCGCAACAACAACAACAACAGCUGCUACUCCAUUGCCAGCCAACUACUACUAUCCAUAUUUCCCAUUCAAUCAAAUUAAUUUUGCAUACAUCUCUUCGGAGCCAUCGGAAUUUUUCAAUUGGAGACCUGGAUUCCCUGGAAUCUCUUUCAAGACUUCCAAUCGAUUGGUAUCUGCAACCACAGCGAAUCUAACAUAUGGAAUGGAUUUCAAUAACACCAAUAUCACCAAAGCGCUGAACAGUACGGAGCCAGUCUUGGUUCUCUUUGAGAAGAUGAGAAAGGAAAACGAAUUCCAAUUUAUCAAUCUCAACUUUAGUGCGCCGACCAACCAGUUUUUCCUGAUGGUAGGAUCGCUCGAUAACGAUGAAGAUGUUUGGGUGUCGGCAACGACGCUAGAGGGUAAGGUGACAAAGAAGUGGAAUAUAAUCUCGACCGGAUUCCUAUUCGACGGUCUGAAUAGCACCAAUUUCAUAAAGUACAAGCUAUCGAAUCAAGGAUUCAUUCUCUUUUUUUUGUCUUUGUGUUUAAAUCAAAAUGAUUUACAAGUAAGUUUAAAGAAUAAAAGAAAGGAAAUGAAUAGAUUACUUUCAUCAAUUUUACAAAGAUCAUCAAAACAGAAGCCAAUAUCUUUGUCAAAUAAUAUCAAUUAUAAUAAUUAUAGUAAUGGUACAACAUUAAAUGCAUUAGUACCAACAACAACAAAAACGAAUAGUGUAUUUCUAAAUCAUUUAUCAUUGUAUAGUUAUAAUAUUAUCAAUCAAGAUAGAUUAAAAUUAAAUAGUACCACUUCCAAUUCAAAUUCCAUUGUAAAAUCAUUUUACAGCAGUGGUGUUAAUAAUCAAGAUCAGAUAAAUGCAGAUGCUUUCAAAUUGAUUGGAGAAAUCAAUCGGUUGACUUUGUUGGAUCAAUUCGAUGAGGCAUUGGUUCUCUGUGAGAAGGUGCUUCAAACUAGAAAUGCAUAUCUCGUUUCUGCAUUGUUGGUCAAAGCCAAGAUAUUCUUGAUGUAUCAUAAAGACACUGACAAAGCAAUGUAUGAGAUCAACACUGCCUAUCAAGUGGUUAAUAUGAACAACCCUGAGCGUGUCAAUGCGCGACUAUUGAGAAGCGCAGGUAAUGCCGCUGCUAGAUGUAGUGAUUAUCAACUGGUCGUUCGUUUCUUGACGUUGUUGAGUGAGCAAUACCCAAGUGAAUUUACAGCUAUCGAUUCUAUUUAUCUUGGUACUGCCUACUUCCAUCUGAACGACUAUCAGAAAGCACUGGAAAGAAUCAAUUUCGGUCUAUCGAAUUGUCUACCCUCCGAAUACAAGACAGACCCCCAAACAUUCUACACGGCGUUGAAGAUCAAAACAUCGCCACUCAUGCCAAAAUCACCACCUCAAGAGAAUAUCGAAACACUAAAGAUUCUAUUCGAUAUGAAACAAGAGUGUCUCACUGCCUACGGAAUUGCACUAAAUUACAGUGAGUUAGGACAAUUGGAGAAUGCAUAUGAAUAUGUAAAAUUGUUUUUCAAAUAUUGGAAUGAUCAAUCUGUUGUUCAAUUGGAUCAAGCUAAAAAAGAUUCAUUUCUUUUAAAUAUGUUUAUUAUAAAAGGAGAGAUGUUGAAGGUAAAGGAUCUACCGGUGGCGGAAGCCGAUAUGAUUUUGGCAGACACACAGAGAAUAUUGGAUACCUACAAGAAUGAUGAAUUCGAUAGACAUUUGCUGGGUGUUUACAGUCCAGUUUUAUCAUUCUAUGUCAGUAGAUUACCAAAGCACUAUGAUGUCGAUAUCAAGUUGGUAAUGGAUAGUCUCUCCCCCGAGGAACAAAAAGAUCUCAGACAAACAUUCCCAAUCGAUGUCAAACAUCCAGAGCUAUUGAAAGGAUUCAACCAAAUCAAUAGAAUUUCUAAGUCAAUUCAGCGUAUUAUCAGAGAAUACCUGGAGAACAAUCAAUUUAAAUCAGUUUAUUUGGAUCAUGUUGUCAAGUUGUUUAAAUGUAUGGAGGUUGUCUCUGGCUCAAGGAUGUUGGCUAUGGAUUCACAACAAGCCGUUCUUCGUGAUAUUAUCAACUUUUACAAUAGAACUAUUCAUUCGAUUGGUAUUGUUCAGUCGAUUCUCACUGUAAAGUGGUUCCCCAAACAUCAGCCAUUCUGCGAUAUCGCGUGGGAAAACAAGACAUUCCCAACCACCGCCGAGCAAUUAGCUGACGUCUUUGAAGAUUUAUUUUUCAAAAUGGAUACAUUGCCAGUUGCCAUCAGCCAAGUCGACCAACGUUUGAUAUCUCCAAAUGCCAAAUCCAUCGACUUUGCACUUAUGGCUUAUUUGUUGAUUGCAGAUGCCACCAAAUUGGAUAUCAAUGGAGCAUGGGCAUCGAUUAGACAGGCUAUCAACCUCGAUAGGUUUGACAAUGAUUUCGAGAGGAAAAUGGUCCAUUUGGUUAGAGGAUAUCUCUAUGUCAAUACUUUCCAAUACUAUGAAGGAUUGGACAGAAUGAGAUCACUCUACCAACAAUAUCCAGAUUUUAACCCAAUUAAAUCUCAAUACAUCAAAACAUUACUUGUCAAUGGUGAAGUUCAAGAAGCAAAAUCAAUACUUUUAGAUAUUAUAAAUAAUAACAACAAUAACAAUGAUAAUAAUCAGUUAAUUAUAAAUUCAUUAAAUUGGCUUGGUCUCAUUGAAACACGUGCUGGUAAUGGUAGAUCGGCAAUCGAUUAUUAUAAUUCAAUUUAUUCACGUGGAUUGGAUGUUCCAACUUCUACAGCUAGCUCCAACUAUAAGACUAGACGUGGAAUUUUUGAAGCUCAGCUCUCUAUAAUGGUAAAGGACCUAGAGGAGAUCUUGGCUGUUCACCCGAAAUUGGUAAAACCAAGAUAUUUAUUAUCAUUAAUUGCCAUCACAAUGGGGGAUAACAGUCUUGGACACCGACAUUUGUUAAAAGCAAAGGAAGUUAAAGAGUCGACAAAGGAAGUAAGUGAAAACCCUGCCCUUCAAGGUAUCUUUGAAUUGUUGGAACCUUUGUUAAAGUUAACAGCAAACAGUAUGGAUCUAAUAGGUGUACCAAGAUCGAUGAGAGAAAAUCUAGAAGAUUUCUCGAAUUCAUUGAAAGAGAUUACCAACUCUGAUAAAUAUCAAGAUUUAACAAAAUCAUCGUAUUACAAUGAUCAGAUUUUAUUGUUAAAACAAUCACUAAUGGUUGAAGAGCAAAUGGCAAAGUAUGAUCCCGCAGCAAUUUUAAAAAAAUAA